AUGUUCGGCGUGAAAUCGAGUGAAAAUAGGGUUUCAAUCUUGGAUUGCGCACUAAAGUUAGAAUUUGAGUUGAUUUCAGUUCAAUGCAGGGGGUCUCAUUCCAAUCCUGAAGACAUUACAACAUUCAAUGACUGGACUGCUGCUAUGCCUCAACAACAUGAUUCUGCGGGUCCCUGUGAUGCUAUUUCCAUGGCCCAGCAAUGGGCAAACCCUCACCAUGAACCAGCAGUUCUUCCCAGCAAUUCUGCUGAAACUAUGCUUAAUGAUCCUCCUCAAGCUACAACUUCCCAAGCACGUCAACAAUCAGAUCACCUUGAAACUCUCACCGAUGAUCAGAAACCAGCAGAAACACAUGAUCAACGAUCCACUACACUCAGAAUUUCCCCAAAAACCAUGGCCACUGAACUUCCAGAACCUUAUCCUCACACAGAAAAUGAACCAUCACAUUCCUUUGACCAAUCUACCACUUCCCCGCCUACACAUGCAACCACCAGUCAUGCGCACCCUCAAAUUAUUACUCGUUUCCAACAUGGAGUCUUCAAGCUGAAUCCGAAAUAG